AUGGCUGACGAGUCUCCUAGUCUCCACGAUCUGAUCGAGGGGCUCGGAUUUCCUCCAAGUGAGCACCAAUUCUUGCUUCGUCUCUUCGGCUCAUCCGACCCAUUUGCUGGGCUUCCUCCGGACCUAGAGGCCAGUCACAGCCAAGAUCAAUCUCGCCAACUCAGCUCUACUAGUCUUGCUCGUAGACUUGCAUCUACUAGGCUCUGGCAAGAUACUCCUCCUUCUAGUGGUGAACGUGCGAAUCAGUUUCGUCUACAAUCCUUCCAGCAUCGUCCUGGUGACUUUCCCGAGGGUUCAGAAGGCAGAGACCUGGUUCACUACGAAGAAGAGUGGACUUCCCUCAUCGGUGCCGAUUCGGAAUUUCUACUAUCCGAGUUAUUCCAACAGCUUGCAACGGACGACGAGCCUCCCUGUCUCGAGUCCCCCGAGCUUCCCGAACACCAUAAGGCAUCAGAGAACGUUACACGCCCUGGAUCUGUUGAACCCCCAUGCUCAUCAGUCUAUGACAGCGAAAAAGGUGAGCCGCCCGAUUCUGUUGAUAACCUCAACGAAACCCCUCGAACCCAAGGGAAUUGCGAAGCAUCCCAGGACCCAAGGACUUUAAAUCACACCGGGAGCUUUGAGAAGCUACUUGAAUCAUUCCCAAGACCUCCCGGUCGCGAUCAAACCGUUGUGGACCAAGAUUUCUCCCACGUCUAUUCUGCCACCCAACGAUUGUCACCCAAAGACAGUGCCCAAGCUAAUACGUCGACAUUCACCAGCAGUCAUAUCAAAUCCGCGACCAGCCUACCUCGGAUUUCCCGAUUCUCUGAAGAUUUGGUGGACAGCAACCCGAUCGGAGAACAAGAUUCUUCCAGAAUCUGUGCCAAAGCGGAUACAUCUGCACUCGAUAACAGUGGGCUACCAACUAGUUCUUCUGGAAUCUCCCGGCCGUGUUCUAACGACACUUCAACCGUCGUCAACACUCGGAAGAUUUCCUCUCAGAUCCCUUCACCGUCCCCCAGCGCCUCUUUCGGAGAGUUGCCUCUCCCCGACUAUCACGAGGGACAACAAGUGGAUCCCGAAACCUCCGACCAGGCUCAGGAGCGCGCAAAUCAGGAAAAAUACACCAUUUUCCCCUCAUACUCCUCUCGGGUCCGUCCGAUCAGCUACGUGAUCAGAAAACAGCACUCUUUUCACAGUAUCUUCGAAGGUUUCUCUACACCUACGGAUUCCCCUCGGUAUUACCAAAAGACGCCUCUUCGUCUCUCCACUCGUCCGUCGAUAAUCUCUCUUGCCUCUGGAAAUAGGAGCACACCGAAGCGCAAGAGAAUCUUGAAACGUUUUGUUAAAAAGCUCAAACAUCUGCUUUGUCACACCCCCAAACGCACUCCAUCCGCAUUCAAUCAUUAA